AUGCCGGGACCGCCGGCGUCGCUGCUGCUGCUGCUGCUCCUGGCCGGGGGUCGGGCCGGGGCCGCGCCACUUCCGCAAACAGGUGCAGGGGAGGCAUCUGCUGUGGAAGUGCCCUCAUCAUUGGUCAUCCUGUCUGUGUGCAGCUUCGUGAUCCUAAUAGUGUUGAUUGCAACCUGCAUUUCCUGCUGCAAGGACCCCGAGAUCGAUUUUAAGGAAUUUGAAGAUAAUUUUGAUGAUGAGAUUGAUUUUACACCACCAGCAGAAGACACGCCCUCUGUGCAGUCACCUGCCGAGGUCUUCACUUUGUCAGUACCAACAAUUUCCCUCCCUGCCCCGUCACAGUUCCAGCCUUCUGUGGAAGGUUUAAAGUCACAAGUUGCCCGCCACAGCCUAAAUUACAUUCAGGAAAUUGGAAGUGGCUGGUUUGGAAAGGUCCUUCUUGGAGAGGUUUACACUGGUACCAGUGUAGCAAGAGUCAUCGUGAAGGAGUUGAAGGCCAGUGCAAGCCCAAAGGAACAAGAUACUUUCUUGAAAAACGGAGAACCUUACUAUAUUCUUCAGCAUCCAAAUGUUCUUCAGUGUGCUGGACAAUGUGUAGAAGCAAUCCCCUAUCUUCUGGUGUUUGAAUUCUGCGACCUGGGUGAUCUGAAGGCUUACCUGCGCAAUGAGCAUGAGCACAUGCGUGGCGACUCGCAGACUAUGCUGCUGCAGAGGAUGGCGUGUGAGAUCACCGCAGGGCUGGCUGCCAUGCAUAAGCUGCACUUCCUGCACAGUGACUUAGCCCUGCGGAAUUGUUUUCUGACCUCCGACUUAAACGUGAAAGUAGGGGAUUAUGGAAUAGGAUUCAGCAGGUACAAGGAGGAUUACAUUGAGACGGAUGAUAAAAAAAUUGUCCCUCUUCGAUGGACUGCUCCAGAAUUAGUAACUAGCUUCCAAGACAGACUGCUCACUGCGGAUCAGACUAAGUACAGUAAUAUCUGGUCACUGGGUGUGACACUUUGGGAGCUCUUUGACAAUGCUUCCCAGCCCUACACAAAUUUGUCUGACCUGGACGUUCUCAACCAAGUCAUUAGAGAGAGGGAGACAAAACUCCCGAAGCCCCAGCUGGAACAGCCAUUUUCAGAUCAAUGGUAUGAGGUGUUACAGCUCUGCUGGCUGUCCCCAGACAAGAGGCCGGCGGUGGAGCACGUGCACCGGCUGCUCACAUGCCUGCGGCUGCAGAGCCAGCGGGGCCCCGAGGUGGACUUCGAGCAGCAGUGGGCUGCCCUCAAGCCCAACACCAGCAGCACGUCCAGUAAUGCUGCCUUUCCCAUCCUUGACCCCUUCGCCCAGGACCGGCUGGGUCGGGAGAUGGAGGAGGUCCUCACGGUGACAGAAACGAGCCAGGGGCUGAGCUUUGAGUAUGUCUGGGAGGCCGCCAAGCAUGACCAUUUUGAUGAGCAUGGCCGGGGCCACACAGAUGAAACCUUGUCCUACUCCAGCAUGUUCUUUCCAGUUGAUGUGUUUGAGAGUUCACUCUCAGAUCCUGGGCCAGGAAAGCAAGAUGGCAGUGGCCAGGAGGUUCCACUCCGGGCCCCUGGGGUGGUGCCCGUGUUCGAUGCCCACAAUCUUUCUGUGGGAAGUGACUAUUACAUCCAACUCGAAGAGAAAAGUGGUAGCAACCUGGAGCUCGAUUAUCCACCUGCUCUGCUAACAACAGAAAUGGAUAACCCAGAACGGCUGGGUGCCGAAGUGCCCCAGUUUAAGGCCCUCAAGAGCGUUGAGUUUGAGGAGUCUAGUACUGAUGAGGACUUCUUCCAGAACAGCGCCGACCCCAAAGAUCUGGGCCUCGCCGAGGGCCCACCUGCCCCCAGCGCCCCCGAGAGUCCCCUCAACAGUCUCUUCAGUGAGGUCAGCGCUGCCCAGCGCGUGCCCAGUCACCAAAAGCUCUUUGACCUCAUGGACCUGGACGGAGUGCAGGCCAGCGUGAGGCCGGCCCCCCUGGGUUCCCACUGGCAUGACCCCAAGGACACUUGCCACCCCAACAAGGAUAGGCCCCCAAAGCUGUUCGACCAGGAGCCUCUCUGCUCAUCAGAAGGUGUUCUGCACCCAGACCACUUUGACCCACUGAAUGUUGAUGAGCUGUCAGAGAACUUCCUGUUUCUUCAGGAGAGACACUUACUGAGAGACACAUGGCAUAGCGAGGCAAAAGGGGAUGAUCUCCAGACAGAGCUCAGGAAUGCGGGGUUCAUCAGUGCAGACUCCCCCAGUGUGGAGCGUGGCUCUGCUGCCAGUACGCCCAGCUUGCCAGUGCCACGGGAAUACAGAAGCACCAAGGGUGACACUGCAGCCGGGGUCUCAGAUAGCACAUGGAGUCCCUCGGUGCCAUCUUCCCCGGAAGUGCGGGCACCUCUCACCUCCCUCACCACGGAAGGAACCCCUCCCGGUGGCCCCCCAGAUUCACUUCCAAGGCUUGGAACAACUAAAACAGCAUGUUGCGAUGUCAGCGCCCCCGAGGAUUGCCUCUGUGAGGACUUGGGGACUACCCCAGUGGAGAUCCCCUCUCCCAAUGCCAAAUCCCACUGCGGGGACCACACCCCCCCACACUCUACUUGCCAAAGCCAAGAGGCCUUGAGACCAACCAAAAUGGACUCCACUUCCAUGGGUGACAUCACUGAGAUUCAGGGGAAUACAGGGAACUGUCUUCCAGAGUUGAUACCGGACUCGGAACAUCAGCCACUGCCGGAAGACAGUCACAGUGCCCACAUGCUGGAGAAAAACACAGAGGCCAUUAAGACUUUGAAUCAGCUCAGUUAUAAAGAUGCCACAAAAGACAUGGGCUUGGCUUCUGCUUCCUCUGACUCCACCAGCCAGGACAGCCUCUUGGAAGACAGCUUGUCCGUCCCCCUCCCAGCUUCCGAGCAGCCAGUGGAGACCCCAGACUCCUUAGACUCCGUGGAUGUCCAUGAAGCCUUACUGGAAUCACUAGGCUCCCACACACCCCAGAAACACCCGCCCCCUGAUAAGCCAGCUGAUAGCGGCUAUGAAACAGAGAACCUGGAGUCCCCCGAGUGGACCCUGCACCCUGUCCCCGAGGGUCCCUCUGAGUCUGCCUCAGCUGCCGCUGGUGAUGGUGGUCUGAGCGGUGCUGGCAGUUUACCUCCCAACCCAGUGAUCGUCAUCUCAGAUGCGGGCGAUGGCCCCCAGAGUGCGGAAGACACCUCACAGACCUUUGCCUCUGGCGCCCAGAGUUCCUAUCGAGACUCUGCCUACUUCUCAGAUAACGACUCGGAGCCAGAUAAAAAAUCUGAGGAGGUCCCUGGAACCUCAGCCUCCACCUUGGCAGAGGGCCAGGCCCUACCCAAGCCAGCCUCCCCAGAGAAUGGCCCCAGGGCUAAUGACAGCUCUGGGGAGCCACAGAAAAGCCCACCCGAUCAAAGGUGGCCCCCCACUCUGCAACCCACCAGUCACCUGGAGUCAGAGGAAGUGGUGGAGCCGGCGCCAGCUGAGGUUUCCAGGCAGACUCAGGCCUCGGAGGAUGAGGGCGGCAGCCCCUCAGGGCUGUGGACUGUGGAGCUAAGCAGUGGUGAUGACCUGGAGACACUGGAAGAGCGCCCCUGUACCCUUGCCUCCACAGGCACCAAUACCAACGAGCUCCUCGCCUUUGCCAGUGCAAAUGCCGCACUGGAAAGGGCCUUGCCCGGCCACGCUGAGGGCCCCAAGCUCAAGGAGCCAGAUAUUGAAGGCAAAUACCUGGGCAAACUUGGGGUGUCCGGGAUGCUCGACCUCUCUGAGGAUGGGAUAGAUGCAGAUGAGGAAGACGAGAACAGCGAGGAUUCAGAUGAUGACCUGCGGGCCUUCAACCUGCACAGCCUGAGCUCCGAGUCAGAAGAUGAUGUUGAGCAUCCAGUGCCUGUAAUCAUCAGCAACAGCGAGGAUGGCCGGCACCUGCGCAGUUUGCUGAAGCCCUCGGCAGCAGAGGGCGGGGGGCCGCCUGGUGGCGGUGGCGGUGGCGGUGGAGGCAGUGACAGCAGCAGCUGCAAGAAGGAAAAGAAGGCGGUGACAUUUUUUGAUGACGUCACUGUCUACCUAUUUGACCAGGAGACCCCAACCAAAGAGCUGGGGCAGUGUGGAGGGGAAGCUCCCAGCCCUGGGCCCAGCAGCCCAGCCCCCACCUCGGGCUUGCCCUACCUGAGCAGGUGCAUGAACUCUGAAAGCUCCACCGACGAAGAAGGUGGUGGCUUUGAAUGGGAUGAUGACUUCUCCCCAGAUCCUUUCCUGUCCAAGACAACCAGCAACCUCCUGAGCUCCAAGCCCACCCUGCAACCCUCCAAGUACUUUUCCCCACCACCGCCCACCCGCAGCACCGAGCAGAGCUGGCCACACGUGUCACCCUGCUCCAGGUUCUCCAUCUCCCCUGCCAACAUCGCCAGCUUCUCACUUACGCACCUCACCGACUCGGAUAUGGAGCAAGGAGGAAGCAGCGAAGAUGGAGAAAAGGACUAGGUGGCUGUGGGUACCAGUGGACUCCUGCAUGUCAGCCAGCGCCACGACAUCCACUUGACGUGGGCUGCCACGGAGCGGCCAGCAAGGAGGACUUGGGAGAUGCGAGGGGGGCUAGUACCUCCUGCCGUGCCCCCUCCUUCCUUCCACCCUGCCCCUGGGCGGGGCCCUGCGUCCCACCCGUGCGACACUCUGCCUGGAUGUGGGUGGCACAUUGAGGCCCAGGAUGGUGACGAGUGAGCCAUAUUUAUUGUUUCUAAGGAUGUCACUACUUGCUGUAUAGAGGGUCGUGUACGCAUGCGUGCUGUGCGGACCCUAGGCCUUCUGUCGGGACGCCACUGGCCCAUCCCUGCUCAGACUUUUGCUCUGCAUGGCAUUGUGAAGCUCCCGAGUCCUGAAUGCCCGCUGUCUUCAGAGCCGUCGAAAGUGGACAUACGGUACUGAGGGGGGAUUCACUCUGGAUGUUAGCAUUUGAUGUCCUUAUAGGAAAUAUUUUUGAUGAAUCCCCAAAUUCUGCUGUUUUGUUGAUUGACUCCAGCGCCCUUCCCCUCUCUAAAGCCGUUUCCGCCCCGGCCGGGUUUCAAGCCCUCCUGAUGAAAAGCAGCAGCAGGCGUACCUGGAACUCUGCUGGCCUGGGCCCCAGGUGUGGAGGCAGGGCAGCCAGCAUGGCCCCUGGGUCUCCCCUCUGCCCUACGCAGCCCCCCGAAGACACCACCAUUUCGGGCACCUGGACUGGAGCUCUUCAGAUUCAGAGCUGGAUGCCCCCCUCGGAAGCACUUGCAGUGAGAAGAGGGGUGAGGACCUGGCUGUCCACCCAGCCCCCCUCACUGUGAAGGGGACUGCAUGGCUCCAGAGCUCUUCACCUGUCCUUAGCUGGACAGGGCAUCCCUCACAGGGCUGACCUUGGAUUCAGCUCCGGUGUAAGGUCUCUGGAGGCUGAUGCAGAGUUGCUGCCCUGUGCCCACUGGGUGGGUCCCCUCACAUGAGCCCUUCACCCAAAUAAUCUCCGGUGCUGAGCUGCUUUCCAGACUCCAGCAGGACCCUGGGUGACAUGAGGCCCUCAAUGUGUGUGCUGUCCCUGGGAGAGACCCAGUCUCUGUGCAGGUGUGGGCCGUGGAGGGAGCUUACAUGACCCUUGUUACCAGUUGUUUUGCUCUACGGGUUUCUUUUAUACUAAGCAAUAACCUUGCAGAGCAAGGAGAUUGAGAAUGGGGAUAGGGUCUUGGGCCAGGCCCACAGGGCCUUGUGAGAGCUCUGCUGGAAAUGGCAUUUGGAGGCGAUGUUGCCAAAACUGUCAUCUCUCUCCGUUUCUGGCUGCAGAUUUCCUGACUUUUUUUUGAAUCUUUACCUCUGCCAGUCAUCAUUGAGAGAGAUGAGAGAUGUUUUCAGAUGAUGGGUUUAAAGAUUCGGAUGGAUGAACUUACAGGCUCUAUCGUUUAUACAAGCAGUCCAGGAUGCAUUCACAGAUACUACAGGACUGCAGUUUUCACAAUGUUAAGGCAAUUUUAACCACAUAAUUCGCAUUUUUAUUUAAUGCUUAUCACUCACACGAUUGCCAAAAUAAAAGCAUUUUAUAGCUGUCGGGGGAGCUCGUGUGCCGUUGCGUGGAAGGGGGCUUUCCAGUGCUAUCACCCCCGAGGCAGCGGCUUCUGUUGAAAUUGCAAGCAAUACUGAGAAAUUUGAACAGAUUUAAAGUUCAGUCUCUGUUUUGAAAUGUCAGCAUGGGUUCUGUUGCUUUGACCAGUGAGUUGGUUACCAGUAGUGGAUCUGCACACAUCCAUUCUCAGUAAGCUGUGUGGUGCAGCAUGCCAGUGAGAUCUGUGGAUAAUGCGGGAAGAUGUUUCUAAUCCCUGCUUCACUGAUUUCCUGGCUCCUUUUGGUAGCCCACAGCAGACAGCAGCUGGAGUUCGUGCAUUUUGAAUUCUGUACUCCAAGUAACUUUUGAUUUUGUUCCUAGAUCAGUGCUGAUUUUUGUGCUGUGUCCACUGACCCCAUCAGGGGCCAGGAGGGGUAGGGGCUUCCGGUCCUUCUGGGACUCAGACCCCAUGUCUAGGCCAGGAGCCAUUUACCUUUCAAGAUGAAAGAUGAACCAAGCUGAAUUGAAAACAGAGCACCCCAUUCUAUUGUUUCUGUUUUUUGGGUUUUUUUUUUUAAUGAUUCCAACCCCUUCUCUCCCCUGCACCUUGCCGCCCCAGCACCCAUUCUGUUUUUAAGUGUACAGGCCCAACUUCCUUCAGAGAUGGAUUUAAGGAAAGCCUUUCCAUGUAUUGGUACCCCAGGCACCUUUCACACCUCCUCCUUCCUAUUUCCCAUAGGGUGUUUGUAGAAUUAAUGACCUACUGCAUGUCUGUCCAGAGGGCCAGACGGAAGCGGGGCCACAGCUCCCUUUCCUCCACUCAGCCUGUCCCCUGAGCGUGGAGAUGCCAAGCAGGUGUCACACUGCAGAGAAACAGCCAGCAUUCAAGUAAAGAAAGCCGUGUGCACACACCUUCCCUCAGACUUACGUCUCAAAACCAUAUUCCUAAGCAGCAGUGGGCUUGGUGCUGGCUAGUGUACACAUGUGGGUGCGUGGGGGGAGGGGGGGACAGAACACGUGCUGUGAAGCUGUGGGCAGUGGGACUGGGGUGGUGACCUGUGGGGACACUUGUCCCCGCCAGCUGGCACCUCACACAGCCAGAAGAGGUUCACAGCAAUAUAACCUUGAGUUUCAAUUGUGUACAUUUUUAAAUUGUAAGAUUUUUACUGUAUAUUGAUACAUAGUGUGAUUCAAUAAAUUGCUUGUAAUUUAAAAAAACUAUUUAAUAUUCAAAAUAAAUAUAGUUAUAUAUUUAUAAA